CGGCUUUCGACUCCUUCUGUCUGGGCGGUACUGCGCAGGUAUUGGCCCGCCUGGGCGUCACGUGGUCCGCGGCCGGAUGAUGGCGGGCGCUGCUGAAGAUUCGCGAGCGCUCUUCGGGGCGGCAGUCCGUGCGGCGCUGGAGGCCUGGCCCGCCUUGCAGAUCGCUGUGGAGAACGGCUUCGGAGGUGUGUACAGCCAAGAGAAGGCUGAGUGGCUCGGGGGUGCAGUGGAGGAGUAUUUCUUCCGCAAUGCUGACUUGGAGCUAGAUGAGGUGGAGGACUUCCUCGGGGAGCUAAUGAUGAACGAGUUUGAUACAGUUGUGGAGGAUGGGAGUCUGCCCCAGGUGAGCCAGCAGCUGCAGACCAUGUUCCACCACUUCCAGAAGGGUGAUAGGGCUGCUCUGAAGGAGAUGGCCUCUCUCAUCACCCAAAGAAAGUGCAAGGUCAGAGCCACUGCACUGCCGACAGCUGGAGAGACCGAUGAGGACGAUGAUGCAAACAGCGUGGAGGAGAUGGAGGUUGCAGCUACGAAUGAUGGGGCAGCUACAGAUGGGGUCUGCCCCCAGCCUGAACCCUCUGGUCCAGACUCCCAAACUAUUAAGGAAGAGGAUAUAGUGGAGGAUGGCUGGACCAUUGUCCGGAGAAAGAAGUGAAUGGGGCUGGAAAUGGUCUGGGUCCUUGUAUGCUAGUUGUUUGGGAUUUGUUUGUAGGGUUUUUGUUGGAGGGUUGCAGACCUGUGGACUGGUUAUCCCAUAUCCACCCUCUCCCCAUUCCCUUGUCCAGCUCCUUCCAGGGGAAGAAGAGCCCAAGGGUCCUUGGACUUGGGGUGGUCUGAGUGAUGAGGCCUGAUUUCCUAGCAAAGUGCCUCUUGGGUGCAACCAGUGUGAAGAGGGAGGGAUGAGUGGGUGUGGGAAUGACUGGAGGAGAAGCUAAAUGCUGGUUGAUAGUAGGCAGGUGAAUGUGCGAAGGGGGAGAGCCAGCAGGAGAACCAAUAUUCCUGCUGGGUAAGGAGUGAGAUGAGCUUGCAAAUAGAAGAGAGAUUAGUUGAAGAUAUGAAAAUAGCUGUGGUACCUGCCCCCCCCCCACCCCCACACAGAACAGCUCUGUGCUCCUGAACCUCCCAGGGAUGUUUCCUUCCUGCAGCCCAGGGUCUGGCCCUAGGUUCCUUCAGGAUGUCUAAGACCUUGUCUAGGCAGUGAGCUCAGGGGACCUGGGCUUUGUUUUCUGUCUCCUCCAACCUCUUUCCAAACACCUCAUCCCAUCGAAGUCACCUCAAUAAAUAAUACCUUAUUGUUUAAUUUGUGGCUUGACCUGUGAGUAGUUUUGGAAGCAUCCUUCUGGGAGCUGAGCUUCAGAGCUCAACAAGGGAGCAGUUUCUGGGCCUACCCCAACAACCUGUUAUUUUGGACAAACAAACAGAUGGACAAAUGGAGCACAGCUGCGCUCUGAAAGUUUCUGUAAGCUUGAAAUAAACUGUAUUUUUCUUUAAAAAACAAAA